AUGGUGAGAAACUUUCCAACACGUGAGAGUUCUCCACACAAUCCAUUGCUAUCAUUCACGUUCAUAUUUGCUUUUGUGUCAACCGUAAUCACAAUCGUUUCAUUCCUUUGUGGAGCCCCCAAGAAGAAACGACGAACAUCCAUUCCAUUAACGAAUCGACAAGCGUUAGCAGAUGAAGAAACACAAACGUUCGAGGUGAGAAUCGAUGAUAAAAGGGACAACCACCGGUCUUUCGAUUUACCACCACCACGAGAAACCAACAUCGAACCACUUCCACCACCACCGGAAACAAUCAAUAAACCACUUCCACUACCACCUGCAAUGGUGAAACUAAGGGCGGCAUCUUUUCACGUCCGAUCAAGCUCAAAUGCAUCGCAAAAGGGGAAAUUGUCAUCCAGUAUGAGCAUGAGAUCUAUUGGAGGGUACAAGAAGGCGUUAAAAAAGGAAACAAAACGUGGAAAGAAUAAGUUGAGCCAUGAGGAUUCUAUUUGGAAGAAAACCAUAAUUUUAGGGGAGAAAUGUAGGGUUCCUGAUGAUGAGGAUGAAGCUAUUCUUUAUGAUGAAAAGGGAAUGAGGAUCCCUACCUUCCGCCGCAAGCAGACUUCAGGAUUACAAAUAUCUCGACAAAAUUCAACUUUCGAAUCAAAUGAUAUCGAGAAAGAGGAUGUAUAG